UUAAAAUUCCUACCAUUUUUAAUUCAGGUGCGACUACCUGAAUAUAUUUGACAUGUACUAUAUGAAUGAGAAGAAGAGGUUAUACCGUAGUUUGGGUCCGUCACAGGAUGUGUUUCGCUCGGAAUCAAGCAAUGUGUUCAUCAUGCUAUGCUAUGGGCCAGACCCAGCUAGUUAUAACUUUGAAAUACGUUUCAGCACUAUACAAAAAUUGAACUCAAUCCAUGGCAGCUCUGAUACAUCGUCUGCGACUGGUUAUAUAAACUCUCCAUUGUUCCCAGAAGGUUAUGCACAAAAUCACGAGGUAUACGAGUACAUUAUUUCAAGCACCGAUGCCGAUGAUUCUAUCAUGAUUACAUUCAGUGAUUGGCAUCUGUCGGAAACUUCUUCAUUGUAUUUUAUUCAUAGUAACAAGCAUGGUCAGUAUAAUGGUGGGUCAAGUCGGCCAGUAAUAGUAUCUGACAGCAACCAUAUUAGAUUCACCUUCAGUACUGGGAUGUCCUUGACAGCAGGGGAAAACAGAGACUAUAUUGGAUUCCGGGCUGCUUACAGGUUUUAUAAAGACACACCAUACAUUUCAAAACCAAAUACAAACUGUAAAGGGCUGAGCUAUUUAAUGUCUAGUAAAGGAGGGAAGAUAGAUUUUUCCCCAGCUUCCCCAACCAGAGAGCUGUAUGACUGUCUAUGGGUGGUAAAGACUCAAGAAGGAUUUGAUGGAACCUACCUCAAAAUUAUCAGAUUAAGAACAAACGGUUAUUUGUUUAGAGGCGACAAUCAAAUAGUUAUACGUGACGGCCUCUCUUCAGUGGCGGAUGUGAGAUCUAUAUAUGAUAUGCUAGACAACAUAAACAAUGGUAUUCCACAUAUUAGCCCGACGGGUUUCUACAUCAGGCUGAAUGCUUCCCUGUCGUCAAGUGACAGUGUUUUACUGACAUAUGCUUCUUACAAACGUACAGAUUGUGGUUCAAAUUUGUUCAUCUGUAAUAACAAUCGGUGUAUAGAUAGAGGUCUGAUGUGUGAUGGAUAUGAUCACUGUGGGGACAAUAGUGAUGAAGUGUCCGGAUGUGCAGAUAACACAGGACAAUGGGACAAGAGCUAUCAGUACACCAUUACAAUAGGUGUGAUCGUUCCCAUGGUGAUAUCUGUAUUCCUGAUCAUGGUUAUAUGCCUGCUGUUUGUGAUGAUCCGACGAUGUCGCAGAGCACGUCUUCGGGAGGCCCGAGAUUCAAGUGAAAGACUUCCGACAGUUAGCGGAGAUGUUACAGAAAGAAGAAGACGGAGACGCCAUAGACGCAGACUGGGAUUUUUUGGAAGUAUUGAAAGAGAUAGGCCACCAACCUAUGACGAGGCCAUGCAAAAUCCACCAGGAUGGUAUCUUAAUGUCGCAUUUGGCAAUCCAGUGGACCCUUCAUUACCACAGCCUCCCUCAUACCAUGAAGCCAUAGGAAGCGAUCCAUCAGUCACAAAUACAAAUCAACGACAAGCCCCUGGAAGCCCCACAUCUACUGAUAGUAGCCAAUCAGAACUGACUGUUUGUUCAGGCAACCUAUCAGACUCCUCCAGUUCUAGUGAUGGGGGCUCUGCAUGGGGGGUGUACAAUGGUGAUGCAGAUGGUAGGAGGGGGAGACUAGGAAGACACGUAUCUAGUUCUGGAUCAGAGACUGGCACACUGGAGCAACGUCCCAGGUCUGCCACAAGUCCUGAACAUACUGAAUCUAGAUCUUCAUCAGUUGUGACCUCGGCAGAAAAUUCACAAAACAGAGAUGUGGCUGUUGAAGAAUCUCAGAAUGUGGAAAAUUUGCCAAAAGAAGACAAAGACAAUAGUCAUAUAGCUGGUAAAGAUCUCGAAAAGAAAGUAAAUGAUGAGGCAGAUGAUUUUGUUGUCCCUGCAGGACCAAAACCUGGCUGUAGUGAUCCUCAGAUUAAUGAUUGCAGGCCUAAGACUUAUUCUUCACAGAGUUCUGAGACAUUUGCUACAGUAGUUUCCGACAACCAUCACAGAAAUAUAUCAUCUGGUUCAGAAAUUACAGUAGAAACUGUGAAGAAACCAAAGAAAAAGCCAAGAAAAUCUAGGUCAAAGAAAACCAGUAGUCAGUCCGUGCAUUCUCCAGACAUACCAGAAAAUAGGACCUCUGACCUUAAUUUUAGUGAAUAUUUAAUUAGCCAAGCUCCUUCAGAUAUCCCAGACAUAGUUAGUAGUAUUCAUGAAACCCCAGUAGUGAUACCACAGUUACCAAAACCUUAUGAACAGAAUAACCAGUUUACCAAUCCCAAACAAAUUACAACAGAAAGUAAUCCUGGAAGUAGUCCCGAAAUGCAAGCUCCUGAUGAUCCAGAAUUAGGUUAUCAGGUAGUUGUCAACGUAGAUAAUGAUGAUGUUAUAGUAGUUUAUGAUUCAGCAGAUGAAAGAUAUGAACAAAGUAUGUCCCCUUCGCAGGCUUCUGAAGCGGAUGAUUAUAAUGUGAAUGGAAAAGUAGAUCUGCCAUUUGGAAAUACUGCAGGAGCAUCAAAUGCAACAGACUUUCAUAUUGGAAGUGGCCAUAUAAAUAGAUCACACGAGAAGAAAUUCAAACAUUUGGAGAAGGAAAAAUUGCAUACUGUGGCAGACGGCAUUGUUAAACAAGAACAAUCGACUGAAAAUGGUUUAAACUGUGAUCAGACUGUUACCCCAUCUGCACAUCAGGAAGGCAGUUCUGAUCUGUGUACAGACGACGAUGUACAAACUGGAAAUGGUGCUACUAGAAGUAACAAGGAUACAAAUCAACCAUGUAUAUCUUUGAGAAAUGAUCUGAAUGAUACAGAGGAUAUAUAUGUUUAACUGUUUUACUUUUCAUGUUCUUUUUGCACCUGUCAAUAUUUUGCCCGUCUGGGGGGUGGGGUGGGGUGGGGGGGGGGGGGAGCGGGCUGACCCAGGGGAAUUUGACAUUUCAAAAUUUUUGUUGUCUAAAUCCCCACCCUAGAGACAACCUUUUUUGUCUAAAUCCCACCCUAGAGCCUGGUUGGUACAUCAAAUAUUUGUCAUAUUCCCGCCUGUCGGGAAUGGUCUUCUGUCUAAAGUCCCGUGUAUGCCCGCCGCUCCCCCGGGCGGGCAAAAUAUUGACAGGUGCAUUUGUAGCACUUAAAAAGGAUAGGACUUACAAAGACAAUAUGCUGGAAGUAUGAUUUUUAGAUGCAUUUUUUAAAAUAAAAUGUAAGAAAAUUUUAAUUUAGCAUUAUUGUUAACAUUCCUUUAGGUUAAAGUUCAAGGCCUUAGCAUAGUACUUAAAUGUGUUGUUUAAUGUAUGUUUAAACAUAAUAAAGCCUAAUUUUUAGCUCACCUGAGCCAAAGGCUCAUGGUGAGCUUUUAUGACCGCUCAAUGUCCGUCGAUCGUCGUGUUAUGUGUCCGUCAACAUUUUCUAAAAAAUCUUCUUCUUGAAAACCACUGGGCAGAAUUACACCAAACUUCACAGGAAUGAUCCUUGGAUGGUCCCCUUUCAAAAUUGUUCAAAGAAUUUAAUUCCAUGCAGAACUCUGGUUGAUGGCAACCAAAAGGAAAAACUUUAAAAGUCUUCUUGUCCAAAACCACAAGGACUAGAGGCUUGAUAUUUGGCAUGUGACAUCAUCUUAUGGUCCUCUAUCAAGAUUGUUCAAAUUGUGCCCCUGGAGUGAGAAGAGGCCCCACCCCGGGGGUCACAAGUUUUACUUGACUUAUAUAAUAAAAAACUUUAAAAAUCUUCUUGUCUAAAACCACAAGACCUAGGCCUUUGAUAUUUUGUAUGUAGCAUUGCCUUGUGGUCCUCUACCAAAAUUUUUCAAAUUAUGCCCCUGGGGUGAAAAGAGGCCCUUCCCCGGGGUGUCUCAGGUUUUACAUAGACUUAUAUAGGAAAAAAAACUUUAAAAAUCUUCUUGCCUGAAACUGCAAGGCCUAGUCUUUUAAUAUUAAGUAUGUUGCCUUUCCUAGUGUUUCUCUGCAACAAGUGUUUUCCCUAGGGUGAAAAGAAGCCCAGUCCUGGGGGUACCAAGUUUAACAUAGACUUAAAUAGGAAAAAAAAAGAUCUUCUCGUCUGAAAGUUCAAGGCCUAGGCCUCUUAUAUUUAGUAUGUAGCAUUGCCUGGUGGAUCUGAAACAAGUUUGUUCAAAUUAUGCCCCUUGGGUGAAAAGAGGCCCCGCCCUGGGGGUCACUUGUUAUGAGUUAUAUAGGAAAAAAUACUUUAAACAUUAUCAGAUCAUAUUUCCUAGACUGUUUAAUUAUAAUUACCUGAUGAUCCCAAGUGAUUAGGGAUCACUUGACUGUGACCUUGACCUACUGACCUACUUCCUUGUUUUAUAAGAUACAGCCUUGAAAUUUGGAUAACAUGUAUAGUUUUGCACACCGAUUUCAAAACUGGCUUUCAGUUACAUAAAUGUGACCUGCUGACCUACUUUCUUAAUAUUUCAGCAUCAGUUUGCCAUUUGAAACAUGUGGCCAUAUUACUCAGGUGAGCGAUCCAGGGUCAUCAUGACCCUCUUGUUAUUUUAAAGGUGCUUAUUACAGAUUUUUUUUUGCAAGAUUUAUUUGAAGCUUUGUUCAUUUAAAAUACUGAAGGUCCAAAUGAGCAGUACAUGUUUUGUACUUUUGUAACAAGAAUUUAUGUUCAGUGAUAUAAGCCUUCAUUUUAUGCCUGAAAAGUAAACUGAUACUUAGAUAGUCACAAAUAUCUUAAUUAUAUAACUAUUCAGAUUUUCAGUAGCUUAAUAAGAUAGAUAUGUUGACAAUCUUACUUUAUGUUUUGAUAAUGUCAUUCGUUGGUAUAUACAACACCAUUGGAAUCUCAGUUGGCUGUAACCACAAAUUGCUAUGCCAAGCAAGUUCACGGAUCAAAGUUUUAUUGUAUUUAGACAGUAUACAACCAUAUACACUUGUUCAUCUUCAAAAGGAGGAAUUAGUUUUUGUGGAUUUUAUGUGUGCCAGACCACCAAAUUAAACCCCAUUGAAUCCUUAUUUCUCAAAAUAAUUUCAAAUCUACUAGUUCAUGCCUCCACAAAAUAGCCUUUCCGACCAGUCUAUCACGAGGUUUCAUUCCCAAGUAUUGGUAAAACAUAGCGAAAUUUCUGAUCAUUUACUUUUGGCCUCUGUAUGUGUAAUACUGCAUAAUAUGUAAUAAAUACAGAUCUGAUUUUGCUAGUCUGUAUUAUCCAGUAAGACUUUGUUCGCUUGAACUUGACGAGACAACCAAAAUAUGUUCGAGUUAUCGGUAGCUCCAGCCAUUGAAAAAUAUGCAUCCUUUAUAUAAUUUGCCAGAACCGUACGAUGAAUUAGAGCAAUGGUUGGUAUAUGAAUUAUCCAAGUUCGAGCAAAGAAUGUUUGUACUUUAGCAGCAGGCUUGUAGAUGUAAAUAAAACAAAAAUUUUACUUUUAAAAAAAAAUUGUUUGGUGCCAGUCAAUGAAUUGCUCAGUAUAUCUUUUCAAAUGAAGGGUUUGCUAAGGAGACAAGUCAGACAGUGAUAUUGCUUUGUUGUAAUUUGCUAAUAGGCAUUUGUAACAAAUGAGCAGUGCUAUGAGAAAACCAACAUAGUGGGUUUGCGACCAGCAUGGAUCCAGACCAGCCUGCGCAUCUGCGCAGUCUGGUCAGGAUGUAUGCUGUUCGCUAUGCGUUUCCCUAAUUUCAAUAGGCUUUGAAAGAGAACAGCAUGGGUCCUGACCAGACUGCAUGGAUGCGCAGGCCAUGAUCCAUGCUGGUUGCAAACCCACUAUGUUGAUUUUCUCAUGGCACGGCUCAAAUAACGAAGCAAACCAAAACAAACAAAUUUCAACAUAUUUUUGAUAAUAAUGUUUUAUAUAUUGUGUUCAGAGUAUUUAGUUUGUGAUUUGUCUUCGUUUUAACUAGAUUGUUUUAAUACAGAGUGCUGAUUUCAGUUAUAUAUUGUAUUGUUGUAGUUUGAUAGUCCAUUAUUGUUUUAGAAAUAGUUCAACACUGUCAUUGGAAACAGUGCACAUUUUGUUAUGUAUAGAUUUUUUACAUUCUAGAUAGGUUUUCAACAUUUCUGCAGAUUUUUACAUGAUUGCUUUAUCAAGAAAGAAAAGGGAAGAUACUUUUCUAAGAGAAGGGUAAACUAGUAUAUAAAUUACAAAUAUAUUGAGCAUUUAGUGGAGUGCCAGAGAAGAAAAAUUACAGUAACUUAGGUAUUAUGAAAAUAGGGCUAGUUUGGGAGAAACGGGAACAAAAAUUAAGAGCAGCACAGUCAGAUGAAUGUCUGUUUACAGAAGAAGCAUGUGUGACAGGCCUUUCUGUCUACUUGUGUAUGCAAAAUAGCCUUUCUUCUACUGUAAAAUCAUUUAAUUUCGUGGGCAUGAAAUUUCGUGGUUUUGGUCAAAACAGCAAUUCCGUGGGGAUGUGAAUUCAUGGGUUUCAACUUCUGAACAUAAAAUCAAUGGGAAUUUUACUUGUUCGUUGGAAUCAAAUUUUGUGGAUUGACUCAUCCACGAAAAUUAGUCCCCCACGAACAUUAAUGAUUUCACAGUAUUUAAGAUCUGUUUUAGAAAGUGUAAUCCAGCUUACAAAGAAGAAAAAAUAUGUGGAAAGCUUAAUACAUUUACCAGUAUAUUCUGCAUUGAUUAAAUUUUUAUAUUACAAUUAAGAUGAGCAAGUUUCAGGUCGUUUAUCAAAACAAGAGCCAGUGUGUCAAGACUUUUAUGGUGAAGCAUUGUGGAUUGAAAAUUUCAUCUGUUUUAAUAACCAUUUUAAAUCACAUCUUCUUGAAUAGGAAAUAUUUGUAGGACUUUGAUAAUGUUUUCAUUUUAGGUUGAUUUACAUUAAUUUUGGAGAUGUUGUUUUGUUGUUAUACGGUGACCUAGUGGUGUGCUUAUUAAUUAAUCAUGACUAAAAAUUUGUCCAUGACGCCAUGAGAGAAGAAGAUUUCCAUCUUUGAUAAUACAUAUUUGUAUGUAUAUUAAUACUUCAUGAAGUUUGAAAUCUGUCCCAGCAGUGCUGUCAAAAUAAGCUGAAUAGAGUGUUACGUAACUGUUUGGUGGACAAUAUUGCCUGACUGGUGUUAACAGUAAAUGGGAAUGUAAAUUUGUUUCAGAUUAGACAGCAUUGUAAAAUAUUUACCAGUCCUGGGCAUUAUGUUAAAUAAUUGGUGAAGUAAUUGGAUACUUUCACUGGAAAAAAAAACAAAAAAAUUAGAUUUUUGGUCUUAUUUGAUCCAUAUUUGAUAAACAUUGUAUCUGAUUUUUAUUCUGAUUUAUCAACUAUUGUUUUUUUUUUUGUACAAAAUUAUAAAAUUGGAAAUUUUUAACCAGUUGUCAUACUAGUUAUUUUUCUAGCUUAGAUAAAAAUGCCUAUAUAUUUAUAUUUUUAAAUUGUGAUGAUAGUUACAUAUCAGACUUUUUUGUGUUUUACUAUGAUAUAAAGUUGUUAUGUUUAUUCAAAACAAUGAAAUAAAGCUUCACGAAAGAACA